AUGCAAUUGCACAUUCGAGGACAAUCAACACACGUCCUAGACGUAAAUGGAGAGGAUUCCAUUGGUCAGAUCAAGGAUCGCAUCCGCAAUCUUGCCGAUGUAGGGGCAGAGGAGUUGACACUUUCCGUAUGCGGAUCUCCACUUGAAGAUGAUGUGUUGGUCUCGGAGCUUUCUGCGACUGAUUUGGACCUUAACAUCCCACUUCUUGGUGGUAAAGUACACGGAUCCUUAGCUCGUGCUGGUAAGGUAAAGGGACAAACUCCAAAAGUAGAGAAGCAACAAAAGAAAAAGAAGAAGACCGGCCGUGCUAAGCGUAGGAUCCAAUACAACAGGAGGUUUGUCAACGUAGUACAGACAUUCGGCCGCAGACGGGGACCCAACUCUAACUCAUAA